AUGGAAUCAACAACCGCCGAAAUGAACCUUCGUGUGCCAAUCGGUUAUUACAUUUUCAACGUUUAUUUCGGCUUUUUUGCUAGAAGUGUGAUACUUGGUGAAAGAGAAUGGGUCCCUAACCACGAUGGAGGCCCAAAAGAUCAGGUCACUGGAAUUGAACAUCAUGGCGAAAUACUUGAAGCACUUGCACUCAAAUUAGAUCAAAGCGUAAACCGUGCUGACGAAAGGAUUUUGUUUUAUCUUUACACCAAGCAUAAUCCAAAAGAUCCUCAAGUCCUUAAGUUCAAUUCGUUGGAAUCUUUCCGGACAAGCUGGUUCGAAGGAGACCAUUCUACAGUUUUCAUAACUCAUGGAUUCUUAAAUACCGCCAAUUCCGAAGCUGUCACGAGUGUUCGCGAUGCAUACCUAAACGGCACGGAAGAGCUUAACGUGAUAACGGUCGAUUGGAGCGCGUACAGUAUAUCUUUUUAUAGCAGUGCAUGCGGUAAGGUGGAAUCGAUAGGAAGCGAUAUUGCACGAAUGAUCAAUUUUAUGAAAAGCUAUACGGAAUUAAAACUUUAUUUAACUACGCUCGUUGGUCAUUCACUGGGUGCGCAUAUAAUGGGAGUUGCUGGAAGGGAAGUAACCGGCGGCAAGGUCAACCAAAUUUUCGCUUUAGAUCCAGCUGGCCCUGGCUUCGAAGGAAAGAAUUCCAGCAGUCAACUGUCACCACGGGAUGCGAGAAACGUCCAAGUGAUCCAUACGUGUGGUAACGCGUUAGGUUAUCGAGGACGUCUUGGCGAUGCAGACUUUUAUCCCAACGGUGGGUUGAGCCAACCGGGUUGUGCUCUCGGUGACAGCAUUUUCAAUGGAGCUUGCUCUCAUGGUCGUUCUUUCUGGUACUUCGCCGAAUCACUCAAUUCUCCGACAGGCUUCCAAGCCAUAAAAUGUAGAAGUGGUGAAAACCCUCACAAAGGCCAGUGUAGAGGCAAAGCUCGUUUGAUGGGUGGACGCUCCAAUACGAUCAACGUCACUGGCGUUUCCUACCUCAAAACCCAUGACACUCCACCUUACGCAGUUUUAUUGCAACCAAACAAAUUGCGAACGAUGAAAAUGUCAAUCGUUUGUUUCAUUCCCUGCAUUUAUUCCGCAAUUUUUGGCCAAACUUUCGAUUUGCCAAGAACCAGCAUCUACGUGAUUGAUAGAAAUAACAACAGUAAUAAUCAUCGAUACGAUUGGAUCCCUGAUCGUGGGCCACGGCCAGAAGAACUUUCCAUGACACUCCAACAAACUGAUGGUGUAGUUCAAGCACUCGCACUUACAGGACAACAUCACGACAAACGUUCCACGAGCCAGGUUUUAUUUCACCUCUACACCAAAAAAAAUCCUACUGACGGUCAAGAGCUCAAAAUUGGCUCACUGAAAUCCGUGCGAAACAGUUUUUUCCAGAGUACUAAACGAACAGUUUUCAUAACUCAUGGUUUCUUCAUCACUGCCAGUUUCUCACCAGUCACUAGUAUUCGCGACGAAUACUUAAAGUCUACGGAAGAAGUGAACGUGAUUGCGGUCGAUUGGAGUCCGCUGGCCAUAUCUCUUUAUAAUAUCGCGGCGAUAAACGUGGUGACAGCUGGAAUCGAAAUCGCUCGGAUGAUCGACUUUUUACGCAAGCAGGCUAAACUGAAACUCUUUGCUACCACGCUCGUUGGGCAUUCGUUGGGUGCCCACGUAGUGGGAGUCGCUGGGCGCAGAGUUACCGGGGGAAAGGUCAGCAGAAUUUUCGGUUUGGAUCCAGCUCUUCCAUAUUUUAGUGAAAAGAACGCGACGGGUCGGUUAUCCAGGAGCAGUGCAAGAAACGUGCAAGUUAUUCACACGAAUGGGGGUCAGUUAGGUUUGCUGGAACCUCUCGGUCACGCAGAUUUUUAUGUCAAUGGUGGAGCGAGUCAACCGGGUUGCACUGUCUUAGAUUCCUUCUUUGCUGGAUCUUGCUCCCAUGGUCGAGCUUUUUGGCUCUUCGCGGAAUCGAUUAACUCCCCGGUAGGCUUCAAGAGCAUAAAAUGCAGGCCCAGAGACAACUACUAUAAGGGUCCAUCCGGAGGGUCCCAGGUCGCUUUGAUGGGAGGAGUUUGGAAACGUCAUCCACCGGUUGGAAUUUAUUAUUUGCAAACCAGUGACACCGCGCCUUUUGCACUUCGUAUGCGACGGAAACGAAAUCGAAAAUGCACAGGGAUGAGACGUACAAAAUGAAAUUCAAUUGGAUUC